CCGGUUUAAGUAACAUCAAAGCCAGGUCUCAAAUUCUCCACAUCCACCCUUAUGCAACAAUGUCCUAAAUCAAGGGAGCAAACCCAACACCACCUCCUCCUCCAUCUUUUUCCCAGAUUUCUCUGUGGAAGAAGAAGAAGAUCCUCUCUUUCUUCUUCUCUUUCUCUAUGGACUGUGCCCCUCCAAAGGGCUGAUCAGUAGGAUAGUCAACCGCACACCAUGGACUCUGGACCCCCUUAUCCACCAAAAUAUGUCAUGCUCAAUGAUCAAGGGAACCCCAGGCACCCUCCCCAUAGACGCCACAUUCCCCGUUACCAUUCACAUAAUCAUGGUUCAGGAGGGAGAUGUUGCCUAAAGUGUAUAUGUUGUUGCUAUUGCCUCCUUUUUGUGCUGAUUCUUGUUCUCUUUGGCACAGCCUUCUUUCUUUUUACGGUUUAUAAACCCCAAAAGCCUUCCUAUAAUGUUGGCCAUGUUGAGGUCAAGGCUUUCAAUAUCCAGACAGAUCUUAGCCUCUACACAGAAUUCUCUGUUUCCGUAAAGGCCGAUAAUCCCAAUGAUCAUAUAGGCUUCAUUUAUGGGAAGGAAAGCUCUGUUGCUGUUUUAUACACAGGGGCAACCCUUUGUUCAGGCAAGCUCCCAGCUUUUCAUCAACCCGGGAAUAACAUUACUUCGAUGAAUAUUCUAUUGAAAGGAAAGAAUGAGUUUGGUUCAGGUCUUCAAGAAACUCUCCUUCAAAACCAGAAGAAGGGGAAAAUUCCUUUACUCAUAACGGUAAAGGCGCCCGUAAGCGUUGUCAUUGCAGGCUUCCCGUUAAGACAGGUUGUUGUUUCAAUUAACUGCUCUUUAGUUGUUGACAAUGUGUCGCCAAACCAAAAAAUUGGGAUUUUGUCUAGUGACUAUGCUUAUGACAUUGCCCUCUAG